ACUUAUCUCCUCGUAUUAUUCCACUGCAACACUCUUUGGUUACCAGAGCUGUCAGGGACCAGAACCUUUCAUCUGUUUGGACAGCUGAAUAUGCUCUUGAUUUGUUCUUUAUUGGUGGACUCAUUCCAGAAGCUGUGUGGUUAACACACAGACUUGGGAACUGGAAACUGUCUGUUUCGAUUGGUGUGGUGUACCAGCUGUAUUGUCAGAACUCUGAUGAAUUUUCAAGACUGAAAAACACAAGACGUCACCUACCAUUAAGCUUAUCACCAAUGCAGACUUUUCAAGAAAAGUUACAGUCUUUGUUAGGACAGCCAGUUACUUCUGAAACAUCAGGCUGUGUUAAAUACAAGCAGUUUACAGAUCCCAUUGAAGAGGAAGAUGCAAAUAUUCUUUAUAGUUCAAUACAGGAGCUACUGAAAGCAGCUGUUAUGGCAGAUGCUGAUAUUCUCUCAGAGACAUUUCAGCUUUUGAUGGAUUCUGCCAAGGAUCUUAGCAGAAAAUUGUAUGGUUUGGUUCCAGAUGGACUUUAUCUUCCAGCACCACCAUUAUACUGUCCUCAGCCAGCUUCUCUCAGUGAAGAAGACUGCAGUGACAUUCUUUUAAAAAUGGAGAGAGAAAGUCGUCAGAAAGUGUCAGGAGUUCUUCAGCGAAUUAUCUUGCUCUUCCGGGCUGCUCGUUGUUCCUGCCCUGCAGCACAGUGGUAUAUUGCACAACUGAAGUGGGCAAGAAAAGUUAUGCAAAAAAUUCGAAUGAAAGGAUCUCUUCCUUCGCUGGGUCCGUUCCCAGAGACUUUGCUUCGUUACUCCAGUUUCUUCACUGUUUUCUAUAGAUCUACAUCUUCUGAAGACCAUCAGUUUGAUGAUAUUACCUGUAAAAUUUUAGGUUGGUUCAGAGAGCUGUGUGCAUUGUGUUGGAUGUUUCAUGUUCGUGAAAGAUUAUCUGACAGUUGUAGGCGAUACCAAACUGCAAGGGAAAAUAUUAACAAUCAAAAGGAUCUGAAGAAGAAUGAAUAUGAUGCCUCCACAGUUGAGCAUUGUCUGAAUGCAGUGGAGUGGGCUUGUCGAAUGCUUCCUUUCUGCAGGUUCAUGAAUGUUGAAGAGUUAGUUCAAGAUGUAAUUUUGAGUCUGCUUGGAGAAUUGCCACCAGUGAAAAAGGUGGCAGAGAUUUUCGUAAAAGCGUUUCCUAAUCCUGAAGAUAUAAGAGUUCCACUAAGGGAUAAAUAUCAUGGACUUCAACAGCGACUCAGACACAGUAUUGUUAAAGUAGGUCCUGAAAAGGAAGAAAUGAUGUCUAUUAUUAUUCAGGCUACUGAAAAACUGAGAGUGAAGGCCUUGAGACGUGUACUAAGGAAUAUAGGCCCCAUAGAAAUUAAUAUUUGGGAGCCAGCAGAAGAGGGAGCAGCAGAUAAUGAGGAACACUGUUAUGACAGGUUCUCAGGAGACACUAGUCUAAGCAGAAGCACACUUACUGAUCUUGGGAGUCCUCAGGUACAUAGUGAUGCUGAGACAGCAGAUACACUUUCUGAUGCUUUUUUUACGGAAGAAACAAGACCUCAAACACCUUCACUCCAAAGGGAUAAUGAACAUCUGAGACAAAAAGAAAUAAGUAGCAAAAAUACCACACACAAGAUAAAAGCUCUUAACUGGAAAACAAAACAUAAAGACAAAAUAUAUGGAAAAGACAUGCUUAAUAAACGUAAUUUGCCUUUAGUUGGUGCAUGGGAAUUUGAACGUGAUGAUGACGAAUAUGUUAUUUUCUUAGAACUCUUUUUGAGUUAUGUUCUUGAGAGAGACCUGAUAAAGUACACUGAUGUUGCAAUUCCAUUUCUUACUAGCUUUUCUGGACUUCUGCGAGAGCACGAAUUAAACUCUCUCUUUUUUGAUGUUCAUACAACACUAAAACGUCGACAAGGCAAAACCAGAAGCCAAAGUGUGUUUAGAGCAGGGUCUUGCUACACUGUCACCCUGGCAUCUUGUGAUCCUGAAACAGUGUCUGUCUAUUACGAAAACCAAAAUACUUUGGAAAAUCCAACCAUUGUACAGGCAGCAGAACCUUUUGUGCAUAACCUAAUGAAAGGACUUAACGAAGGAUUAUUUGGUUUAAAACAUAAGUCAAUUUACAGAGCUCAGAGUGACAAUCAAGGAGUCACUGUUGCACCAGCAAGCCAGGCCUCUCCUAACCAUGCUUUCUCUACCCUGCAAACUCAGGCAGCUUCUAAAUACAUUUACAAAACAGUUGAUACAGCUGAUAUUGUACCAGGAGAAGAACUAGCUAUAGAAUUGACGGAUAAGUUGAGCAAUAUUGCAAAAUUGCUUGAGUGGAUGAUCAGGUGGUCUGAUAAAAGACUGCUCUGUGGUUCCAAUAAACAAGAUUCCUUAGAAGAGGUUCUCCCAAUGAUACACGUGAAAUCAUCAGCAGCUGCUGUCCUUACUUCUUUGUGGCUGUUAGAACAGUUAUACAGAGAUGGAUCUCAAACAAAGAGCGUUAAAUUAAAGAGUCCGGAUAAUCAAUAUCUGAAAGUCUCUGAAAGAUCUCUAUCAGAAGCCCAGUCUAGGACAGAGAAAGAAAGUAGUAUGGAUGAAGGCUUUUCCAUACUGGCCAGUCCUCCUCUUGAUGUCCAGAGUGUACAAGCCUACGAUGAUCUUUGCGAAAUUGGUUUGGGAAUGUCUACAAAGUCAGAAUAUUUUUGCAAGAAGGAAGUUAAUAAUGGGAAUUAUUUUGUACCUCAUAUGACUGAAGUUCUUAAUGAAGAGGGACCGUUUGUUCAGGAGGAGUUAGAUGUAACAUCAGGAGGAGAAGAGUUCUUUGAGGAGCCAUAUGAAACUCCAAAAAGCUCCAAUAGCUCUGUCAAGAUCAAACCUGUAAAACAUCAAGGAGGAAAGGCAAGUUACUACCUUGCAUAGAAGCAUCAAAUUAUUCUGAAUACUCUUUUCAAAAUAUGAAUUCCUCAAUAUACUUAUGUCUCCAUUUCAGAUAUAGAUAGUCCCCAGGAAGAUCAAAAGGCGGAAAAACCAAAGGAAGGAAAGGCUGAAAAUAAUGUCACGACUGAGGUUAUUACUAGCACCAUUUCUCACUUGUCUUUAGAACAAGAUGCAGAAGUUCCCAGGUAAGAGAUUUCUGUAAGUGAUGAUCAGCCUUCCCAGACUGUUAUGUCAACUAUGUCAAGUGUUGCUUCCAAUACUUCCAUUUGUGCAAAGAUGCAAGAAGACAAGGAAGAAGCCCCUACAGAAGAGAAACCAAACACAUCCGAAAGUGCCAGGCAGAUGCUCCAAGAUGAAAUGUUUAAGUUAGUUCAGUUACAGCAAAUCAACUUCAUGAGUUUAAUGCAAAUAGUGCAGUCAUCCUUUACCAACCUGCCAAAUGUGCAACAAAUUUUGCAACAGCAUCAGUCUGUUCAUCUGGAAGGAAGCCAGCCUGCACACACUGUCAAAGGCUCUCUGAAAACACAGCUGCCCACUCAAGAUACAGGAAAACCUGGUCAAAAGAGCUCUGAUUUUCAGUUAAGGAAUAGUUUAAGAGAUGAAAGCAACAAUGGCCAUAUGAAAAAUCAUCUGGAUAUGAAUGUUUCUUUAAGCCUAUUAGAAAGCCACAGCAAAGAAACAGGAUUCAUGCCACCGUCUCAAGAUUUGCAUUCUUCAGCACCUACUAAACCACUUCAUCUCCUAGCUCCUUCCUCAGACAUCCAGAAGACACCAAAGCUUAUCCCUAUUGAAAAACAACUGCAUUAUUCAAAUGAAUUUCCUUUGCUUAAGCUUCAACCAGGUUAUCAUUUCAAAACAGCAUUUUUACAUCCAAUAGAAAUGUCAUCAGCUUUUUCUAGACCACCCCCAGUACCACGAGUAGCUUGGAGUUCAUCAGAUUCCUUACAGAACCAUCAGCCAUCGUACACACCAAGAAAGAGUAAGUCAAAAGACGAUGUGAACAUGAGUAGAUGCGACCCUGAGAUCCCAAGGCAAAUGCGUGAGGAAGAGGAAAGAUGGGCAGAAAUGGUGCAUAAGGGACCUCCCAAACACCUGAAUCUAGAUCAGUAUGAAGAACAGCAAGAAGUUUCACAGCAGCAGCAGUUCUCUGCACAUGUGAAUGUGGACAAAUCACUGAUCACUCAGAACCUGGCUGGUAUUCCAUUGUUGCACUUGCAACUUGACCCAGGACCUAGACUUCCACCAGUUGUAAGGCAACCAAUCACUACUAGUUUAAUGCCUGUUAAACCUGCAACAAAGGAGACUAACGGCAGAGAAACAUUGCAGCACAUGGGAAUAUCACUACUCCAUGCUGAUUUACUUCAAAAAAAGAAGGCACCAAAACUCAUUCCACUUCAAGAUCUCAUUGCAUUUGAGCAACGCCACCAGCAUCAUCCUGUGCCCAGUACUUCUUUUGGACGAGACCAAACAGAACCUAUCCAGUUAUUAAAAACUGAUGUUGAACCAUUUGAAUUAAGAAAUAUGCAGAAUAAUAGAAAAAGACAAAAGAGGCGUGAUAAACAAAUGAAAGAGAAGGAGGAAAAGAAGAAACCAAGUGUGUCCUUCUGCCCAGACGACUCAAUCAUCUGUCCUAGUGAUACAGUGAUGGUGGUUGAAUCAGGGACUGGGGUUCAACAAGCAAAACCCACAUCUGACCUUCAAGAUGAUAUUUUCAUUUCAGUAGGCACAAUUGGGGAAACAAUUACUACUUCAGCAGAUCUACGUUACAUGGCUUCUAUAGGAAAGAAACCAACAGAAACUCAAGAUGCAAGUACAAAUACUCACCCAGUGAUCAAAGCAUAUCAGGAUGUUGGAAUCGGUGCUGGAAAUGAGGUUUCUGAAGUUCAAAAAAAUGAGUCAGUCAUGUCUGUUCCUGUGUCAGAAUCAUCUAGUACCCCUGAGAUACUUCCACCAGACGUGUAUUUAAACCUGAGAUUUCCCACUGAAGUGAAUGAGAGACCUUUACCAUCCUUUCUGUCAGAUCCACCUGAGUUGCCUGAACAUGAAUAUAUCAGUGUGAUUGACAUUGAAGACAGUGGCAUCCUUAACAAUUUGCCCAUGAUACCUGAGUCGGCAGAAGAGAUAACUGCUGCACAGCAAAAUGAGAAGUUUGAAAUUCCAUCUACUGCAAAACUUCAUCACAUGGCAGCUUCUGUUACUAAUGCAAUUCCACCUGAGGUGCUUCAGAAGAAAGAUGAUCAUCUGAAAAAUGAAUUGAAGCAAGUGCAAAAGGAAGAUAAGAAGUCAGAUUCUGCUACAGAUAGUGUAACUUGGAACAUAGUACAUGAAGGUGGCAGAACUUAUCCUUCUUCAGGGCUUCCAGCCAAAUUAAUUGGCAAAGAAUAUUUUUCCCCAAAGCAUCAGGAAAUGGAUAUGCAGUUACAGACACUACAGGACAUUGCAGAAAAUAUGGAGGAGGGUUUCAGAAAUACCAGACUGCUAGUGAAAAUGAUAGAAGAUUUUGAAAUGCCUGCCAAUUCAGACCUUGGUGCUCAAACUUCAUACUCUGAAGAUGAUAGAAUCAUUGAUGAUGAACACUAUUUGAGGGACUUGAUUUUUGAUGUUACAGACGAUGAGAAAGAGGCCUUAAACUUGGAAUAUCCUGUGCCCAGUCAUACUGUGUCGGGAGUACACUCUCCUGCCUGUGCAGCCUCUGCUUCUAACUUUCCCAGCUUUCACGUAUGCAGAGAUCUGUUUGAUAGCUCUUUAGAAGAUCCCCUGCAAAUCACUGGUCUGAGUGGUGUUACUGACAUCUUUACUGAUCUUGUAGUAGAAGGUGACGUCUCUCCGUUGGAGCUGGGCUUUACAAAAAUACAAGCUAAGAAAAUCUCUAGGGUUCGUGAUUCUGCAGCUGGACGUUCUCAAAAAACAGAAAAGGAGAAGAAAGAGAUAAAAGCAUGGAUGAAAAGAAAGCAAAAGGAAAGAAUGAGAGAAUAUGUGAAGAAGCUGGAUGAACAAAGACGGAAAGAACAUAAUCCAUUCAAUCCAAGAAAGAAUGUGCAUUGUAAUCUUACUUCAAAGGAUAUUAAAUUGUUCCAGAAGAAGAAGGAAGAAAAACACAAGGCCCUGUUAUCUGAACAUCACAGUAUGAGAAUAUCACAAGCACUUUCUCUGAUGAAUGAAAUGUUAUCUGAAACAUUGGUGUUACCAGCAAAUGAGCAUAGACCAUUGUCCAGGACAAGAUCACCUCAAGAGUACAGGAAAAGGCAUAUGGGAUCUACUAAAGGAGGGCAUCUGAACAGUCCUAUUCUGUCAGAAAGGAGCAGAGGUGCUGUCAAACCGAACUUUGGUCAAAAAGUACACCGUUUCACCCCAGCUCUUGGUUUAACCCAGUCCACGGGAAAUGCCCGUACAGUCCUACAGAAAAGUACUUCCAGAGGAAGAAUGAGAAAUGCUGCAAACUGUCCUGUUAAUUCUAGACACUCUGCUGAGUGUAGAGUCAGCAGAACAUCAAAACAAAAGCCUCCACGUGUUGCCACUGCAGUUCAGACAGAAGCUGUUGAUGAAGAGACUGAUAGAGACAUAGUAAGUCCUUGGACAGUGCCUGAUGAUAUCCAAAGAAUACUUCAAGAUACUCAUGACUCCUUGUUUGAGGACUCAGCAGUGGAUCCUGUGAGCUUCUCUCCUCUGGGCCUUAUUGACACUGAUGGUGUUUCUGAAAGCACAGGAAGUAUCCUCAGCAAACUGGACUGGAAUGCGAUUGAGGCUAUGGUGGCAGAUGUGGAAGACAAGUGA